GUACUUACCACAGGCAGCCUCAUCUGGCUCUCCACUGCUAGCAGAGCGGCACGCCAACACUGUCCGGUACACGCCGUAGUACGCCUAGUCGCUUCUACGUAUUUACCGCCGCCUGAUUUGAUAUUCUCACAAAGAGAUCGACGAAAAAGCCACCCUUUCUUUGAAAAAAUAAAAACCAAAACCACACAGUUAAGGAACGGUAGGUGAACGUAUUUCUAAAUCAUAACCCACGGCUUGCAGGCAGACCAAGAGCAGCUCUGACGAUGCGGUACGCUCAUCAAACAUCUUUCACGCCGGAAUAACAGAUGUACUCCUUUACCACGGGACACAUCCGGCACAGGGACAAAUUUCAUGCUGUUUUUGUCACGCGACCGUUCUUCUGCACCAGCCAGUGGGUUCAGAAUUAAGGACGGGACAGGCUAAAUGCUCACACGAGCCUCCUAUCCGUAAGAAACUAUUAAAAAUAGAAAAAAAACUUCCACGUUUUAGAUCGCAUUGCCUUAGGGACUGCCUCCUUCAAAGCCUGCCUGUUGGGGGGGGGGGUGGGGUGCGUGUGCGCGCACGCACACGCGUGAGGCGUGGAAAUCGGUCACCGAAUUCAGUUGCCUAACGAGAGACGGCCCUUCUCCUCGCAAGGCAAACGUUUCAAAACAUCGUACUCUUUUCCGAUUUUACCGGCUGGUACUGGGGUUGCCCUACCAGCAUGAGUUGGGGACCCGUCCCUCUGGGUCCGUGCGACGCCAAAUUAAAUAUUCUGCAAGUAACCGAGCAGGAGAUGGAAAGUAAGCUAAGAUACUCUCUGCCGUACAACGUUUGUUUGCGAUCAUCCCCGAGGGAAUCGCACAAAGCCCAUGCUUGCUGAACCGGUACGUCGGAGGCCCUACGGGAAACGGCGCUGACGUUUCGCCAAGCUCUUCUCCUGUCAAGAAGAGGACCUUUUAUGCGGCAUCCCUAUUGGCAUUCGGCCUGCUUUCGGCUCAUUCUGGCAGGUCAGCUUUCAGAGAAAGCCUCAGAUUUCAAACCGCCAAGCAACAUUCACGAUUCUUGCUCUCUGACUACGGGGAAUUUCAGCGAAUCGGAACGCUACUUGGAGCAACGUUCCGGGUCUGUUUCGCCGCAAACCCAAUAUCUAAGCCACGGACCGGGCGCCCGUAGAAAAAUUACUUUAAAAGAUUAAAGACAAGCACAGUACUCACUUUUCUGUAGUAAAAUAGUUGGAAUGUAGAAACAGGAUAAGAGAAGCCGUAACUUAGGGAACAGUCCUUGGGUAUGAACUAGAAAAAGACACAAAGUUUGAGGCACCCUGAUAAAGGGGGCCCAAUACGCCAACAAGCCUGGGACCGUCUGGGCAGGAUGGAUAACAAGGUUGCUGAGCUUGCAAAACGGAGAUAAUGAAGAAGAGGUCGCCCAACUGUGUACGCUGAAGAAGAGGAGAAAGAGGAAGAUUUGAGGAGGACGACCCCUGACGACCACCUGAGAAAGAAACUGCGCAGGCAUAUCAGGACAUUAGCAUGUAUUCAUGAGUUCCCAGAAUAACAAUGAAUAUGUAUUAAAUUUAUUGAAAACCUAAUGAAUAUGUAACUCUUUUGUAAUAUGAAUCACGUACAAUUUGUUUCUCGUCGAGACGCACGUUCGUGGAAAUAUCCCCGUGCGACUCCCAGCGCUGCAAUAAAGGAUACCUGCUUAAUAGUCGCAUUGGCUAUUGAGUGAAUUUUUUCGAUUCACGUUGGUGACCCAGAUGGGACCCUCUCUGCCCGGCUGCAGGACCCAUUGAGAUUGGGACUCUCUUGGGUACCCCCGGGGAUUUCUCCGGAGAGACUCCUCUCCUCAAUCGGAUCACUGCGGGGACAGACAAGGACCAGCUAUUGAAAGGAACAACCUAAGACUAACAAAGGAAUUCCCGAGGAGGUGAAGAAUGCAGUGACGCCUUUGGUAUGGGCUAAUGAGGUCCCGGGUAGAUCCAGAAGAGCGGAACCUGUAAGAAUUAUCCUUAAACCUGGAACAAAUCCGGUAAGAGAAAAAUAAUACCCAUUAAAAAUAGAGGCCAAAAAGGGAUUAAAAAGGUUAAUGCUCAACUUUAUAGAAUAUGGGUUGCUCAUAUAAUGCGAAUCAGAAUUUAAUACCCCGAUUUUACCGGUGAAGAAACCGGAUGGGAAGAAUUAUCGGCUAGUACAGAAUUUAAGAGCCAUAAAUAAGAUUGUAGAUGAUUUGCACCCAGUGGUUGCAAACCCCUAUACAUUAUUAACUCAAUUGAAAAAUGUUCAAAUCUGGUUUACCAUACUGGACCUAAAGGAUGCUUUCUUCUGUCUGCCCUUGGCAGCAGACAGUCAGAAGCUGUUUGCUUUUGAAUGGGAAAAUCCUGAAACAGGCAGAAAAACACAAUUAACUUGGACAGUGUUACCUCAAGGAUUUAAGAAUAGCCCUACUGUCUUUGGGAACCAGCUGGCCCGAGAACUUGAAACAUGGACUCCUCCAUCUCGGAUGGGGACUUUAUUACAAUAUGUGGAUGAUUUACUAGCGGCUACAACUACGGAGGCGGACUGUGCCCAAUGGACAGUGGGCUUGUUAAAUUUUCUAGGAUUGAGUGGGUACAAAGUUUCCCAGCAAAAGGCCCAAGUGAUUCAGCAACAAGUCACUUACCUUGGAUUUGAGAUCUCAGGAGGGCAAAGAGAACUCGGUAAAGGUCAAAAAGAAGCUAUUGGCCACACGCCAUUGCCGGGAACUGUGAAAGAACUUAGGACCUUUUUAGCUUCUUUCCUUAGCGGGGAAAUCUCGGAGCCGGUGGUCCACGACUGUUUAAAAACAACGGAAGCCGUAUAUUCCAGCCGCCCCAAUCUAAAAGAGGAGCCGCUCCAUGAUGCCGAGGACUCCUGGUAUACAGACAGAAGCAGCUUUGUGAAACACGGAGAACGCCAAGCGGGGUAUGCUGUGACCACUACCCAAAAGGUAAUCGAAGCAAAAUCAUUACCUGCACAAAAGGCUGAAAUCAUUGCCCUAACCCGAGCAUUAGAGCUGGCAAGAGGGAAGAAGGUUAAUAUCUGGACAGAUUCAAAGGAUGCCUUUGGGGUUGUACAUGCCCAUGGUGCUAUCUGGAAGGAAAGAGGACUUCUCACUGCUCAAGGAAAAUAUAUUAAACAUGCAAAAGAAAUUCUAAAUUUACUAGCAGCUGUAAAUCUUCCAGAAAAAGUAGCUAUUAUGCCUUGUAAAGGACACCAAAAAGGUAACACCGACCAAGAGAUUGGCAGUAAAUUGGCAGACUCAGAAGCUAGAAAGACAGCAGAAAAAGGUAAAGUGAUGGCGGCCUUAAUUCCAGACGGUAAACUUCAAAUUCCAAAUUCUGAUUUAGAGCCAGAUAAAUAUUCCAAAGAAGAUAAAAAAUUAAUCAAUGACUUAGAAGGUAACAAAGGAAAAGAUGGAUGGUUUUACAUUCCAGAUGGAUGAAUAAUAGUACCCUCUCAUUUGUUAUGGAAAUUAGUUUUAGAUGAACAUAAGAAAACACAUUGGGGUACAGACACUUUAUAUAAACAAUUAAACCAGAAACUAGCAAGUCGAAAUUUGUACACCACUGUGAAACAAGUAACCCAAAGGUGUGAAAUUUCUUUAAAAAAUAACCUAAAUAUGUCAAACAAAAUUCAGAUGGGUGUAAUAGGAAAAGAUAAUAGUCCGGGGCAACAUUGGCAAAUAGAUUUUUCUGAACUCCCCAGAAAAGGGGGAUACAGAAUAUUUGUUGGUGUUAACGGAUACCUUCACAGGCUGGCCAGAGGCAUUUCCCUGUAGAACCAACAAGGCUAGAGAGGUAACAAAAACGUUACUAAAUGAAAGAAUACCACGAUUUGGGGUACCCGCAACAAUAUCCUCAGAUAGAGGUACUCACUUUUGUGCAAAAGUAGUAACAAAAAUCAGUAAAAAUCUUAGGAAUUGAUUGGCAAUUACCCACCCCUCACAGACCACAAGCUAGUGGCCAAGUGAAAAAAAUGAACCAUUUAAUCAAACAACAACUAGCUAAGAUUUGUCAAGAGACAAACUUGCAAUGGAAUCAAGCCCUCCCAUUAGCCCUACUAAGAAUUCGGACAAAACUGAGAUCUAAAAAAAAUAUUAGCCCUUUUGAAAUUUUAUAUGGGAGGCUGUAUCGAUUGCACUAUUCAGGGGAGGAUCUUACCCAACUUGGUGAAGGAUACCUGUAUCAGUACCUAAUUAGUUUACAGAGACAGUUAAAUGUAAUCGAACAAACUGUUCUAGCAACACGAGUUAGAGGAUUAGAUCAACCCAUACAUCCUUUUUAAUCCAGAGACUGGGUUUAUGUUAAGAAUUUCGCAGGUAAACCGUUGGAAGAGAAGUGGAAUGGACUGUUUCAAGUGCUGUUAACAACCUUCACUACAAUCAAGAUCAAAGAGCAGCCCGCGUGGAUUCAUUAUUCAAGGAUCAAGAAGGCCCCUGCAUCAUGGACUGUGGAAUCACAAUCAUCCCUUCAGAUAAAAAUAGAAAGGACAUUAUGAUCAAUUGGACAUUACUCGUGAUAAUAAUAGUCCUGAGCCAUGUCUCAAUCAGGUAGAAGGAUAGAAUCAAAAUCUACACUUCUCCCUAGUCCAAAACAUCACCCAAAUCUUACACUGGAAUGAUCGUUGGAUCUGCACUCAGAUGCCUAAAUAUUCCGGCCACGGAAUAUACUUAUAUAGGAGUUCCGCUUCCAUCUAAUGUCUCCUGGACGAAUCCAUGAUUUGGGUGGAGAGUGAAAAUUCACUCAAUAGCCAAUGCGACUAUUAAGCAGGUAUCCUUUAUUGCAGCACUGGGAGUCGCACGGGGAUAUUUCCACGAACGUGCGUCUCGACGAGAAACAAAUUGUACGUGAUUCAUAUUACAAAAGAGUUACAUAUUCAUUAGGUUUUCGAUAAAUUUAAUACAUAUUCAUUGUUAUUCUGGGAACUCAUGAAUACAUGCUAAUGUCCUGAUAUGCCUGCGCAGUUUCUUUCUCAGGUGGUCGUCAGGGGUCGUCCUCCUCAAAUCUUCCUCUUUCUCCUCUUCUUCAGCGUACACAGUUGGGCGACCUCUUCUUCAUUUUCUCCGUUUUGCAAGCUCAGCAACCUUGUUAUCCAUCCUGCCCAGCUUGUGGAGGACCCCACGCCGGAGCAGGUGGAGGCACCUGAGGGAGGCUGUGACCCCGUGGGAAGCCCACGCUGGAGCAAGCUCCUGGCAGGACCUGUGGACCUGUGGAGAGAGGAGCCCAGGCCAGAGCAGGUUUGCUAGCAGGACUUGUGACCCCGUGGAGGACCCAUGCUGGAGUGACAUCUCUCUCAGCAUAGGUGACAGGAGUGGCUGGAUUCUGGCACAGGCAAGGUUUGUUGCGCUGCUGCCGCUGGGACAAUCGGGAUGCCAGGGGAUCCCUGCCUCCCUGCGAGGGGCUCGCAGCUGUCCCCUCUUCCUCUCCAUGUAAGAUGAGGUCUCUCAAUGUGUACAGAAGAUGAACUGUGGGGGACGCCCCUACCCACAGGGAGAGCCCCCGACCGCAGACCCGCUGCUCUGAGGGAGACCGACCCAAAAUGACUCUCUCACGGGACUCCAUUUAUAAGCAAUCCCAAUCUGACCUGUGGUCAUAUAUGGUCACGUAGGCCUCCCGUUGGCCUAAGACCUCAGCUUCAUCACCUGUCAACUGAAGUGACCACUUGUGGGCGUAAUUCAAACUGUGGCAGGAAUGUUCUUCCGCGGGCUUGGUCAGGGCAGGUUUAUCUGCCACACACAGGCGGACUGGUUUCCAAAUAUGUGUCAUUUUCACAGGAAAGUGAUCAUUGCAUCGAGACCUCCACUCUGGCACACUAUCUACGGUUCAUCUUCCGUGCAGAUUGAGCGACCUCAUCUUACAUGGGUGAGUGGGUUUGUGCAUUUUGGGUCAUCAGCCAUGAACCUUAGGAGCUCUUAAGUCAGCGGUAUAGUACUAACAUCCCGACCGACAUCCUGAACCUGUGCAUUGUCAAUGUCUG